GAAUCCUGUCUCUUUUUUUCGACGAAAGGGGAAGAGAUUGAAUUCAAAUCUCUCUCUUCUCUCUCUCUCUAUCUCCCGUGAGAAAGGCGCAGAUUUUUCCAGAUCCCAUCAUUGAAUUUUAUUCCCGAAUCUGCAUACAAUCUCGAACCGAGAGAGAGACAGAGACAUAGAGGGUUUGAAAAAUCGUUUCGGAGGAGAAGAAGAGGACGUGUGGAGGAGGAAGGAGCUGAACAAUGAUUACGAUCCCUUACCUUACCGCUGUAUCCACAUACUUCAGCUACGGAUUGCUCUUCGCCUUUGGCCAGCUUCGCGAUUACUCCCGCCGAAUCUUCGAUUGGUGGAGCACCAACAAUCUCCAGGGUUACGCUCCGAUCUGCUUGGCGCAUGAGGAUUUCUAUAUCAGGCGAUUGUAUCAUCGGAUCCAGGAUUGUUUUGGACGUCCCAUAUCUAGUGCACCUGAUGCUUGGGUUGAUGUGGUCGAGAGGUACUCUAAUGACAACAACAAGACGCUCAAGCGAACAACAAAGAGUAGAAGGUGUCUGAAUUUGGGGUCUUACAAUUAUCUUGGAUUUGGUUCUUUUGAUGAAUACUGCACGCCUCGUGUUAUCGAGUCUUUGAAGAAAUUUUCUCCAAGUACAUGCAGUUCUCGUGUUGAUGCAGGAACGACAACUGUGCAUGCAGAACUUGAAGAGUGUGUUGCUAAAUAUGUGGGAAAACCUGCUGCUAUCGUCACUGGUAUGGGCUUCGCGACAAACUCGGCUAUCAUUCCUGUCUUGAUUGGAAAGGGAGGGUUGAUAAUAAGCGAUUCUUUGAACCAUACUUCAAUUGUCAAUGGUGCUCGAGGUUCAGGAGCCACUAUCCGCGUUUUCCAACACAACACACCUGCUCAUUUGGAAAGAGUACUAAAAGAACAAAUCGCUGAGGGACAACCCAGGACACACAGACCCUGGAAGAAAAUAAUGGUUGUUGUUGAGGGUAUUUACAGCAUGGAAGGGGAAAUAUGUCAACUGCCUGAGAUUGUCGCAAUAUGCAAGAAGUAUAAGGCAUAUGUUUACUUGGAUGAAGCUCACAGCAUUGGAGCAAUUGGGAAAACAGGUAGGGGCGUUUGUGAACUCCUAGGAGUUGACACUGCUGAUGUGGACAUAAUGAUGGGAACUUUUACGAAAUCUUUCGGAUCUUGUGGUGGCUAUAUUGCCGGAUCCAAGGACCUCAUCCAAUAUUUGAAGUACCAUUGCCCGGCUCACCUUUACGCAACAUCAAUUUCAACUCCUUCCGCGCAACAAAUCAUAUCGGCCAUUAAAGUUAUCCUCGGAGAGGACGGUUCAAACAGAGGUGCACAAAAGUUAGCAAGAAUAAGGGAGAACAGCAACUUUUUCAGGGCUGAGUUGCAGAAGAUGGGAUUUGAGGUUCUUGGAGACAAUGAUUCUCCAGUCAUGCCAAUAAUGCUUUACAAUCCAGCAAAGAUCCCAGCUUUCUCAAGGGAAUGCUUGCGAGAAAACGUGGCAGUUGUGGUGGUCGGUUUCCCAGCUACACCUCUAUUGCUGGCCAGGGCUCGUAUUUGCAUAUCCGCAUCUCACUCAAGAGAAGAUCUUAUUAAAGCCUUACAGGUUAUAAGCAAAGCAGGCGACCUUACAGGAAUAAAAUAUUUUCCGGCAGCUCCAAAGAAGCAAGAACAAGAAAAAAAUAGCAUCAAAUUGGAUUAAGAUCAGUUUUUCACCAAAAGAGAUUUCGAUUUGGUUAGCAGUUGGGAUUAGAUACAAUUUCCUCUCCGUUGUGUCCCCUCUACUGGUCGUGAAACUUGUGAUCGUUGUCUUGCUUCAUUUUUGUUUCUUUGGUUUUGUCAGAGUUAAUUGUAUAGUUUCCCUCUAUAAGAUUGUUGCUCCCAAAUUACAGAUGCUAUCGAUUACAUUUGUGCUUUUGCUUUGCUCCACGAAA